CAAUUCCAGCUCGAGGCUGUUCUCGCAACAUUGAACGGUCAAGACACCAUCAUAACUGCAGGAACUGGCAGUGGAAAAACAUUAUGUAUCAUAAUCCCUAUGCUACUCCGCCCUGGCACAAUUAGUAUGACCAUUUCACCACUCAAAUGCCUCCAGGCCACCCAGGUUCUCGAAUCGACAAAAUAUGGCAUACCUACAAUUGCGAUCAAUGAAGACACUCCAACAGAUUUGUCUCUCUGGGAGUCUAUUCACGCAGGAAAAUUUGCUCAUCUCAUUGUUUCACCGGAGCAGCUAUCAAUGUGCAAUGGUCACCUUCCAUGCCUUACACGACUUCUCCGACAAAAUUGUACCUUCACUCAAUGCAUUAAGUGUGUACAUAUCGAUGAAGCACAUAAUAUUUAUACUGCAGGGCUUCCGCAUCAUGGUGAAGAAGCAUUUCGACCU